CCGCCUGUCUUUCGUGCGCAACUGCGCAUAACCUGAAGUCUGAUGUUGGGGCUCCUGUAAAGUAACGUUAGCUGAGUUUUGACAUUUGUAAACGAGAUUACGAUGACUUCAUUAAAAGGAAAGAUUAUUACUGUUGUCGGAAGUGGGCUGAUCGGCCGCUCCUGGGCCAUGGUGUUCCUGAGUGGAGGAUACAAGGUCAAGAUCUAUGACAACGAACCAGGACAAGCAUCAGGGGCCAUCACAGAGAUCAGGAAACAGAUUGAGGAGCUUCAGCGAGCCAAAAUGUUGAGAGGAAAUCUCACAGCUGCACAGCAGUUGAGUCUACUCAGCAGUCACGAUGACCUGCAGCAGGCCCUAGAGGGAGCUUUCUUUGUCCAGGAGUGUGUAUUUGAGGACCUGGAAGCAAAGCAUUCUGUCUUCCAUGAGGUGGAGAAUCUUGUCACAGAAAGCGUGAUUCUCAGCAGCUCCACUUCCUGCCUGAUGCCAAGCAACGUGUUCUCUUGUGUCCAGAACCGAACUCGGUGCAUCAUUUCUCAUCCGGUAAACCCGCCCUACUAUGUGCGUCUGGUGGAACUGGUGCCACACCCCGAAACACUGCCUGCUGUGAUGGAUGUUGCUUACUCACUGAUGACGGAUGUCGGACAGGCACCUGUGCGGCUCAGCAAGGAGAUUGAUGGUUUCGCAUUGAACCGUGUUCAAUAUGCCAUCAUAGCCGAGUCCUGGAGGUUGGUUCAGGACGGAGUGAUUUCGGUGAAGGACAUUGAUCUGGUGAUGUCUGAGGGCUUGGGCAUGCGCUACGCUUUUAUAGGUCCCAUUGAAACCAUGCAUCUCAAUGCACCAGAAGGUAUGGAAGACUAUCUCCAGCGCUACACUGAGGGCAUGAAGAGGGUUCUUAAUACUUUUGGGCCUGUUCCAGACUUUUCUGGAGAGCCAGCAGCUAGAAUUGUAAAAGAGAUCUGUGAGCUGAUCCCUGCUGAACAGCAGCACCUCACAGUCCGGAGAGAGAGAAGAGAUCAACUGCUGAUGGAACUAGCUAAGCUGAAGAAAUGAGGCUGUAGUCCAUAAAAUAUCUAAAUGGAAUUGGUUAUGGAUCAUCUGAGCCAUUGUUGUCCUUUGUUAAAUAUUUCCCUUCCAGGCAACAGAAUAUGACUGAUUAAGAAGAAAAUUACUGAAACAAAAGUUAACUUCAGAAAUGGCUUUAGGGUUCAUUUAAUUAUGAAUUGAAUUUGUAUAAUGCAUUAGCAGUAUUUUUAGGUGUAGGAUUUGUGACAAAUACUUGUUUCACUGAAACCGCUAUAGCACUUUCUUGCUCAUGAUAAGUGUAAUGUGAAAUUCACAAUUAAAGAGAAAAUGAAAACAAUCUCCAAGGGGAAAGCCCUUUUCUUGAUCCACCCCAAUGAGUGUUUGACUCAGCAUAAGGAAAUUCUGAUGCUUCCUGCUGGAAAAUACACGCAAUUAAAAAUGAAUUGUAUUUUGACUUUUAACUUCCUCAUUGGACAUUUAUGAAUUAAUCUCAUACCUAAGAUGAGCCCAACAAGUAUUUGGACACUUAACUUGAGAUGUAUGAAUGUCUUAAUAUGUCAAACCAGGUGUCAGAUGCAAAUAAAUGAUGUUUUUCUCAGAUGAACUAACAAUGA